AUGUCACCCCUAACACAAAAACGUGGAGAGCUCGGUGGCCUGGCAUCCAACUGGUUCCCUCCAAGCGGAGAAUACGAAAAGUUUUGUGUUGACACCUGCUUAACGCAAGCUCUAUGUGAACAUGUGCCGCUUCACCGUCGGAUCGAACAUCUGAUCGACUCAACCGAGGUACUCGGCCCGCGAGUGACCGCUCUCUGCCUACGCAUCGACAAGCGCACCACCGUCAGCAUUAUUAACUGCUAUGCGACAAUGUCGACAGCAGCCGGCGGAGAAAAGAACGUCAUCUAUGAGAAACUGGAGAAAGUGGAUGAAGACUUCAACGCAAUCAUCCACGAAGAAAGACCGGCGACAGCACGCACUGGACCACAAGGGGAGAACAAUUGA